AUGUCAAAGACUUCCCAGACGCCGAGAUGCCUCAUAAGCUACUCUAGAAGCAAGACUUGGGGACAAUCAAGUUGGAAUUGCAAUUUGAGGACAGGAUCAUGCAGGGUACUUGUUGGUAUGGUGAGCAAAAUCAAUUUGUUGCGGCAUGCUAAGCGUAGCGCUUCCAAGGCGGCUAUCUUGAUCAAUUUUGUCAAGAUGUAUGUUUCAACGUUUGGAGUGGACGAGGCUCAGAUGAUGGUCAAAUGCUGGGAUGAACCAAUGCCUUCAGUUUUUGCUCAAAAGGUCCAAGAACAUCCAAAUCAUGCUAAUUGCAUUAAAUUUGCAGCUGAACAAGCUGGAUAG